AUAGUGAAACAGCGACAAGGAUGGAUACACCGGAGCGAAAGCGUCGUUCGUUGAGACCCAUUGCUUUUGCAGCUGUUGCAUUCUCUGCUAUUUCAGUAAUGUGCUGUGUCAUAACUUUGCCUGUUAUCUACAGCCACGUUCAGAGUGUGCAGUCGUUUAUGCAAAACGAAGUUGAUUACUGCAAGGCUAGCAAUUAAAU